UGCUUUGUUUUAUUUCUUCGCCAUGGCCACUCCAAUUUUAUCGAAACCUCAACAAAGAAAGUCACUCUCAGCGAAAAAGACACCGAUAAGAGGCUUGAAAAAUGUUUUAGGCCAACCAUUCGAAAUGACCUGGCCUCAUCUCCAAAAUGAUCAGGAUUCAGUAUUGGAGAAUCUUUUAAGAAAGUUAUUAAUAGUGUUAAAACCCGCCGAACACAAAAUUUCAUGGUCAAAACUUUAUAAAAUGAACAAGGAAGAGCGAUCGGCUGCAAAGAAAGCCGCUCUGUCUAGCUGCACCGAUAAUAGCAACAAAUUCAAUUUAAACUCUGUGAUUUUUGGAAUUAAUAAAGUUACAAGAUCUUUGGAGAAAGAUGACGUGAGCUGUAUAUUGUUAGACGCCAAUGUGGAUCCUAAAUUACUAGUCAAACACAUAGUCCAAAUGGCUGAACUUAAAGGGGUGCCAACUCUUUUAAUAUCUUUUUUGAAAAUAGUAACAUUAGAUACAAUCGGGUUUGCUUCUGCAGCAGUUGCUCUAAAGAAACAGGUACAAACUUCGCCCGAUGAUUACUUCUAUUCAUUAUUUGAAAAGAUCUCGGAAUUAUCCUUAGAAUUUGUAAAUUUAAAAAGGCCUGUGCGUUUGUUUGAAGAAAACUUACCAGUGGAUGAAUUGAUUCCAAAACAAACUCAAAAACAGAAAACAAACAAAGAUGAUAAUGAAAGUGAAUUUGAUAAUGUUUUCUUAAUUAGAAAGUCAAAGAAAGAAAGAGUCUUUAUUCCACCAACUUCUAAGAUGAAAAAAGAAACUGAAAAAGUAGAUUUAAAUUUUAUACCUCUUUCCGAUGAUAAACAAUUUGUUCAUAACGAGAAAAUGCCAUCAAGGUUCUUUGAAGCACCUAUUCUAGGUAAUCCCAAAAGCGAUAAACCUAGUAAUAGUGAAAAAAAUAGCGAUAAUGAGGGAUCCAACGAUAGUGAUAACGUGGUAUCAAAUAAUAGUAAUAACGAGGUAUCACAGAGAAAGGGUGGUAAAAGGAAAUUAAAAAGGACCACCGAACACGUUAAUCAGGAUAAAGUCAUUUAUCAACCAUUAAAAGUAAAACGUGUGCAAGGUAACGAAUUUCGGUCAAAAGCAACGAAACUCUCUAAACAGAAAAGAAAACAACAAAGAAAAACGAUUUAUAAAUAAACAAAGUA